CGUAUCUACGUUCAGUUUAAUGGUUGUAAUCGGCGAUUACCAGGUUGAAGUAUACUACGUCUUUCCAACAUGUUCAGUGUUCAAAUGUAGUUUGUUUUGCUCUCUUUGAUUCACGGAUAUACGACAGCCAAAAUGGUUGCUAACACUUCUACUGCUACAAUUCGGACUCGUAAGUUCAUGACAAACCGUCUGCUAUGCAGAAAACAAAUGGUUGUUGAUGUCAUGCACCCUGGGAAACCUUCUCCUAAGAAAACUGAUAUUAGAGAAAAACUAGCUAAGAUGUUCAAAGUUCUCCCUGAUGUAGUAUUUGUCUUUGGAUUUCAAACCUGUUUUGGAGGUGGAAAAUCAACUGGUUUUGCACUUAUCUACGACACAUUAGAUCAUGCUAAGAAGUUUGAACCUAAAUACAGACUACAAAGGCACGGACUAUACGAAAAGAAGACUCAGACUAGGAAACAGAGGAAGGAAAGAAAGAACAGAAUGAAGAAGGUACGAGGUACUAAGAAGACUAAAGUUGGUGCAACAUCUGGCAAGAAGUAAACUAAUUGUUAGAAGUGUGUCUUUGUACUUUGCGGAGCAGUCCAUAUGCUUGUAAAUGUAAAUAAAACACUUCGUUAAUA